AUGUUGGUUGUACUCAACAGCAGCAUGGGGAGUUCAUUGACAGGUAACGCCAUUCAAUACAUCUCGAAGGAAUUUGCGGUGAAUUCACAAGUUCAAAAGGCUUUGCCAAUAUCCAUGUUUCUAGUCGGCCCGAUUGUAUGGGCGCCCCUCAGUGAAGAGUAUGGCCGCCGACUCAUUGUCAUUGUGACAUUUCCUCUCUUUGCGGUCUUCACCAUGGCCUGCGCCUUAGCUCCUAGUUGGCCGGCAUUUCUGGCAUUCAGACUCUUGGCAGGGAUGCUGGGAAGCUCAAUCGUGGCACUGGGUCCGGGUAUCAAUGUUAACAAGAGACAGGUCACUGGAUUUGGACCUAUGCUGGGACCCAUCGUUUCGGGAUUUAUCUCACCAGCCCUAGGCUGGCGCUGGUCCUUCUGGAUCGCUCUGAUAUUUGCCGGAGUGACACUUAUCUUUGUCUUGUGGUUUCCGGAGACUUAUCAGCCUGUCCUUGUGAGAACUUAUGCCCCCAAUCAUUUGCCCGAAUCACCAAUGGAAGAUCCUCAGUCCUUCAAGCACCGGAAUCGGGAGUGGAGAUCAAUUCUCCGCGGAGUUCUACUACGGCCGCUUCAUCUUCUUUUCACAGAACCCGUGCUUGCUGCCUGCUCUAUGUACCUGGCACUUUGCUACUCUAUAUUUUAUAUGUCAUUCGCGGUCUUCCCCUACAUUUUUCAGGAAGUCUACUCUUUAUCGCCAGGUCAGUGUGGAUUGGUUCAACUGACAAUCGGUGCCGGUUGUGCCCUGAGUCUACCAAUCUAUUGGGCAUACGAGACGGCUUUUCUCGGAGUUGUUGACAUUUCUUCUGCACGCAACAAACAGGAGCUUUAUCGCUUGCCACUUGCGUGUCUGGGUGGUCCUUUAUUCGUGAUAUCCCUUUUUUGGCUGGGGUGGUCUUCUCGUGACGAUGUUUCCUUCGCUGUACCAAUGAUGGCUGGCAUUCCCUUUGGGAUAGGCUUCAUGAACUAUAUAACCGACGCUUAUCGACUUUAUGCCGCAUCUGCCAAUGCUGCUUCAAGUUGCAGUCGUUCAUUCUUUGCAACGUUCCUACCCCUUGCCAGUUACCCUAUGCUCUCACACCUUGGGAUUGCUGGAGCUUGCAGUUUGCUAGGGGGGGGCUCAGUGCAUUAA